AUUCUAUCCAAUUUUGUACCGCGGGAAGUUGGAGGCCGAUGCAUUAACCCGAGCGAAGUGAAGAAAUUUCUACGCGGCAAGUUGGCGAAUCCUAUCACUAUCGAGAUCAUGGAUUCCCUGAAAUUCGCCGUCUUGGAAGUCAAUCGGAGUAUAAUUUUGCCAAUUUUUUUUGUCUCGUCUCGAAUAAAUUUCAAUCCGCGAAUCAAAAGACAGCAACAUCCUCAACAUCUAUACGGUUUCUGUGAAUUCCACUUCUUUGGUUCAUUUCAUCAGCAGUUUCACUUCCUAGCUCUGAUUCCAACCUCUAAGUCGUCGAUUAGAAGUCACUAUGGAGGAGAAAGGAGUUGAGGAUGAUGUGGUGAAGCGUUUGGAUUGUGAACGCGAUCCAAAUCAGAAGAACAGGCAGAGAUUUGGGGGAGUAGGUGGAGUACUGUCGAUCGAGCAGUUCUUUGAAGAUCAAGAAGUUCCUUCAUGGAGGAAGCAGCUAACAUUUAGGGCUUUUUUCGUCAGUUUUUGGUUGAGCAUUUUGUUCAGCGUUAUUGUAAUGAAACUCAAUCUAACCACUGGCAUUAUACCUUCACUCAACGUAUCUGCUGGUCUGUUAGGAUUUUUCUUCGUCAAAUCAUGGACGAAAUUUUUGGAGAGAUCAGGCUUCUUGAGGCAGCCUUUCACCAGGCAGGAGAACACCGUCAUCCAAACUUGCGUUGUUGCCUCUUCUGGCAUCGCUUUCAGCGGAGGUUUUGGAAGUUACUUAUUUGGAAUGAGCGAACGGAUUGCUCAUAAAUCAUCAGGCAGUAAAGAUUUCAAAGAUCCAUCAUUGGGAUGGAUGAUUGGGUUUCUAUUUGUUGUUAGCUUUCUUGGCCUUUUCUCGGUUGUACCCUUGCGAAAGAUCAUGGUCAUAGACUUCAAAUUAACUUAUCCAAGUGGUACUGCAACUGCUCAUUUGAUUAAUAGUUUCCAUACUCCCCGAGGAGCUGCACUAGCAAAGAAGCAGGUGAAAAUGCUUGGCAGAUUUUUCUCUGUGAGCUUCUUGUGGGGCUUUUUUCAAUGGUUCUUUAUGACUGCAGAUGGUUGUGGGUUUGCGCACUUCCCAACGUUCGGGCUCAAAGCAUAUGCAAACAAGUUUUACUUUGACUUCUCAACAACAUAUAUUGGAGUAGGGAUGAUUUGCCCCCACAUAAUUAAUGUAUCUGUGCUUGUUGGAGGAAUUAUCUCUUGGGGCAUAAUGUGGCCUCUCAUAGAAGAAAAAAAAGGUCAAUGGUAUAGUGAGAAAUUGAGCUCAGACGACCUAAGUGGACUUGAAGGUUACAAGGUAUUUAUAGCAAUAGCCAUAAUUCUUGGUGAUGGCCUGUACAACUUCUUCAAAGUAUUGACUCGGACCCUCUCGGGCUUGCUCCACCAACUUCGACACAAAAGAGAUACCGAAGAGUUAUCCUCGGAAAAUUCAUCCAGGUCUGAGUUAUCUUAUGACGAUGAACGAAGGAAACAACUUUUUCUGAAGGAUCAAAUACCAAUCUGGCUUGCCAUUGGAGGUUAUGUUGUGAUUGCUGUAGUGUCGAUUAAUACUCUUCCGCACAUUUUUACCCAGCUGAAGUGGUAUUAUAUCUUGGUCAUCUACAUCUUUGCUCCUGUCUUGGCCUUCUGUAAUGCAUAUGGAUGUGGACUCACGGAUUGGUCUCUGGCAUCCACCUAUGGAAAGCUUGCCAUUUUCACCAUUGGUGCCUGGGCUGGACCUUUGCAUGGGGGAGUUGUUGCUGGUCUAUCAGCUUGUGGGGUCUUGAUGAAUAUUGUCUCCACUGCCUCUGACCUAAUGCAGGAUUUCAAGACUGGCUUUCUAACUUUGGCUUCACCUCGAUCCAUGUUUGUCAGCCAAGUAGUAGGCACAACAAUGGGCUGCAUUAUUUCCCCUUGUGUCUUUUGGCUCUUUUACAAGGCAUUUGAUGAUCUUGGUCUUCCAACUGGUGAAUACACUGCCCCUAAUGCAGUUCUCUUUCGCAACAUGGCCGUGUUAGGUGUUGAAGGCGUCUCGAGUCUACCAAAGAAUUGUAUGACCUUAUGUUACGUGUUCUUUGCCACCUCCAUUUUGAUUAACUUGAUUAAAGACUUGAUACCAAAGAAGUGGGCAAGGUUCAUUCCUCUACCAAUGGCAAUGGCAAUACCAUUCUAUAUAGGGCCGUACUUCACAAUUGAUAUGAGCCUUGGAAGUCUGAUAUUGUUUGUGUGGCAGAAGCUAAACAAAACCAAGGCCGAUGCCUUCGGUCCAGCUGUCGCAUCGGGUUUGAUAUGUGGGGACGGGAUUUGGACUUUGCCGAGUUCAAUUCUGGCUUUAGCGGGAGUCAAGGCACCAAUAUGCAUGAAGUUCCUAUCAAGCUCAAACAACGCAAAAGUAGAUAAGUUCCUAAGCUCGUCCAUCUGAAAAUUUCGAGUUUUUUUUCUUUUUAAUUUCUCUGUAGCUUUGUGGUAGCUAAAUUCAUCUCUAUAGGCUCCGUCCUCCUUUUGGUUUGUUUAUGUUGUAGAACAGCCUCUUAUUUUUGUUUCUUUGGGGCAUUGGAGGGCCAGGGUUCAUUCAGUUGAUCGGUAGAUAGAAAGUGGGAGAAGUAGGUAAAAUUUUACCAGACAAUGAUGAAAAAUAUGGUCUGUGUCAUGUAUUUAUGCUUGCAUAGAACAGUGA